AUGUGGCGCAUCUUGCUUCUGCUGAGUGGGCUGAGUGGGCUUGGCGGGCUUAGCGAGCAGCAAACAAAAGAUGCUCGUGAGAGAUUACACGUGCAAGUCACGGUGCCAGAGAAAAUCCGGUCCAUCCUGAGCGGAGGCUACGAAUCACACGUAGUCUACAAUCUCACAAUUGAAGGGAAACCAUACACUCUGAACCUAAGGCAAAAAGCAUUCUUGCCUCCCAACUUUAAAGUUUACCGUUAUGACAACGCGGGAAUCAUGAGGCCUCUUGACCAGCAUUUUCAGAAUGCCUGCUACUUCCAAGGAUACGUUGAAGGUUAUCCAGAUUCUAUGGUGAUUGUUAGCACGUGUACUGGACUCAGAGGUUUUCUUCAGUUUGGAAAUGUUAGCUAUGGAAUUGAGCCUCUGGAAUCUUCCAUUGGUUUUGAACACGUGAUCUAUCAGGUGGAACCUAAGAAAAGAGACGCUUUACUCUAUGCCGAGAAGGAUAUUGAACUAAGGGACCUGAAGUAUAAGAUACAAAGUGUCACGCCACCGCAGGUUGUCCCUUACUAUGUGGAAAUACAUAUUGUAGUUGAGAAAGAAAUGUAUGAGCAUAUUGGGGCUGAUUCAGCCAUUGUCACUCAAAAGAUUUUCCAGUUGAUCGGACUGGCAAAUGCUAUUUUUGCCCCCUUUAAUCUUACAGUAAUUCUGUCUUCCCUGGAAUUUUGGAUGGAUGAAAACAAAAUCUUGACCACCGGUGAUGCUAACGAGUUGCUCUACAGGUUCCUGAACUGGAAGCAGUCUUACCUUGUUCUGCGUCCACACGACAUGGCAUUUUUACUUGUUUAUAGAGAAACUUCAGACUACGUCGGUGCCACCUUUCAAGGGAAGAUGUGUGACAAGAACUACGCGGGAGGCGUUGCUCUGCACCCCAGAGCUGUAACUCUGGAAUCAUUGGCGAUUGUUUUAGUUCAGCUCCUGAGCCUCAGCAUGGGGAUAACAUAUGACAAUGCAAGCAAUUGCCACUGUGGAGUGUCCAUCUGCGUGAUGAACCCGGAAGCAAUUCAUUCCAGCGGCGUACGGACCUUCAGUAACUGCAGCACGGAGAAUUUUUUUCAUUUCAUCUCAAGUCCAAACUCGUAUUGUCUUCGGAACAAGCCACAGCUACAGCCGUCCUACAAGGCGGCCGUUUGUGGGAAUGGGCAGUUGGAAGAGGACGAAGUGUGUGACUGUGGACCGCAGGGCUGUGGUGACCAAACUCCACCAUGCUGUGAUCCCAACACCUGUAAGCUGCCAGAUGGUUCUGUGUGUGCUGAUGGACCGUGCUGCAAGGAUUGUAAUAUGAAGCCCAAAGGGGAAGUCUGCAGGCCUCCCAGCGGGGAGUGUGACCUGGCAGAGUACUGCAACGGCACGUCCCCCGUGUGUGAGGAAGACUUCUUCAUCAUCGACGGGCAUCCGUGUGGACAGGAUAAGUGGGUCUGUCUUAACGGCUCGUGUCAGGAUGGAGAAAAACAGUGCCGUGAUCUAUUCGGCUAUGAAGCCGACUUUGGUACAAAUGAAUGCUAUGACGAGCUGAAUUCCAAAACGGACAUAUCUGGGAACUGUGGGAUCAGCCCUUCGGGGUACAAAGCCUGCGCACCUAAUGACCGGAAGUGUGGGAAAUUAAUAUGUAAAUACGAAAGUGAGAAUUUAAUUAAAAUAAGAGCUGCCACUAUAAUUUAUGCCAAUAUAAGCGGGCACAUCUGCGUUUCCCUGGAAUAUGCCGCCAAUCAUAAAGACAGCAACAAUAUGUGGGUGAGAGAUGGAACUGUCUGCGCCGCCAACAAGGUUUGCAUGAACAAAGAAUGUGUAGAAGCUACAGUCUUGAAUUAUGACUGCUCCCCGAAAGACUGCAACAACCAUGGUGUUUGUAAUAACAAGAAGCAUUGCCACUGUACGGCCUCAUACUUACCUCCAGAUUGUGUGAAUACGCGGGAUGAAUGGCCUGGUGGAAGCGUUGACAGUGGCAAUCAACAACGAGCUGAGUCGAUCCCUGCAAGGCACUAUGUUGCAAGUGCUUACCGCUCCAAGCCUACCCGGUGGCCGUUUUUCUUGAUCAUCCCUUUCUACAUUGUGAUCUGUAUCCUGAUCGCCAUACUGGUAAAAGUCUACUCCCAAAGGAAAAAAUGGAGGACCAGCGACUUCUCAAGCGAUGAGCAAUUUGAAACUGAAACUGAAACAAAAGACUAG